AUGAUACGUGAAGGGACUGAUUAUUUCUGGUACCAGAGGAUGAUUGCGAUACGUGGUAUUGAUUUCACGAGUCCCGCUCGAGCGAGGUUCAGCGAUAAUUACCAGUUCAAAAUCACGUUCGAGUGCAUGGCUCCACUUGAGGAUGACGUCGAGUGGAAACUCAUCUUUGUCGCGUCGCCAGAUCACCUCGAGCUAGACCAAGAGCUCGACGACUGUCUCGUGGGUCCCAUCCCCGUCGGCAUCAACUCGUUCGAAUUCGACGCGGGCCCACCCAACCCGUCCAAGAUUCCCGACGAAGACAUUCUCGGUGUGGCCGCCAUCAUCCUCACGGGCGCAUACAAGGACCAAGAGUUUGUCCGUGUGGGGUAUUAUCAAAAUACAGAGUAUGAUAAUCCAGAGAUGAACGAAACGCCUCCUGCACGACCGAGAUAUGAGAGGCUUAUCAGGGAGCUCGCGGAUAAACCGAGAGUCACAAGGUUCAACAUUCGAUGGGACAAUACUCCAAACCCACCGCUACCACAAACUGGACAAGUACAAUCGGUUCCUGGAGCUGCGUUCCCUCGAGACUAUAGCGGGCAGUAUGAACAGCAAGCUCCACUAGAAUCGGCAUUUGUUCCAAACGCCAACGACCACCCUUCCAUGGCUCUCGGUUAA